CCCAUCCAUUUUUACUCAAAGAAGCACCUCACAUCAGCAGGAGCCAUUGUUUGUGACUGGGUGCUGCUGCUGCUGACAUGUUGGGACUGCCUUUGUUUUAUUUUGGAUUUUGACUCCACAAAGGAGCAAUCAAGACUUUUUGAUAUUUUACAGCGGCGUGAAGUUCUGCUUUCCAGCAGUUUGAAGUCUGACGUCCCAGAGGCCGGAUGUUUCAAAUCUUUGUAAAUCUCUAUCAAAAUAGCUCAGCCUUGUUGUUCAGUUUCUAACUCGGAAGCAGCUUUUUUGCCUAAAGCAGGCAAAACCCAGUUAAAAGAGGAGGACGAUUUUACGUUCCAUCAGUCUGCUACACCUGAUUCCAGCACCUGACUCCAGACAACAAUGUUUGCCAGCCGAGGUGGUACCGGAGGAGGUAAAGGGGGGAAAUAUUCAGUGGAAGACCUUUAUGGCAUCAGUAAAAAGCCCAAGGCUUCGUCCUCCUCAGGGAGCAUUGUGGCCAAAGCUGGGGCCUCACGGAGCAGCAAGACCCCUUCUGACCAGCAGAGCGAGUCGGAGGCCCUGGCCUCUCAGAUCCUGGAGGCGGCACACAGGCUGGUGGAGCGACGCCGGCUGGAGCUCUACCUGAGAGAGUGUGGCCUCUCGCUGGCCGAAUGUGAGGCUGAGCGCUCCGCAAUGCCAUACAAGUAAGGCGGCGGGAAGUGGGGGGGAAAAGGAUAGGACAGCAAAACUGUAAAGUUAAACAAAGAAUCGGAUUAUUUGGAGAGUAGGAUGGCUGGGACAAAAAAUUUAUCUUGAUGUUUUCAGUGCAGUUUUUGGGAGACAAAGAAAAACAUCAAGUAAAACAAAAAUAGAACUUGAUUCUAACAACAAAUACUUAAAACAAAUGCAGCGCAAAACCAUCUUCAAAGUAACACUGUGAUGCAUUCAUUUUUAAUGUGUGAUGUGCUGAUCUGCAUAUGAAAGAACUGUACAGCAAGUUAAUAUUGUUUUUAUAUGACGCCAACAUAUUCAUGUAGAAGUCCAUACAUAUACAUGCAAAUAAUAGAUUCACAGUGUCAGAGCAUCACUCUGGGGAUAAACCAUUGAAGUAUUAUAAUUCAUAUUUCACCCGUAUGUUUACAAAUGCAUGGUUAUUUCUGAGUAUUUGAAGACGAGGGUGAUUGAUGUACGUUGAGUAGGAAAAAAAUAACAUAUAUUUGCAGAUUUCUUUUUCUGCGCCUCAGAGUGAAUUAUCAAGCGUUUGUUAAGAUUUCAAAGCAGAGCAGUCUUGAAUACAUGCGUGUGGACUGUAGAAACAUCUGGUUGUUCAGCAUCACUUAUGUUAACGUCAGUCACGGUGACUUGCAUGGGACUCAUACAUCAAAUGUUGUGUAAUUCUUUUCCAAAGGCAGUCUGACAGGGUCACCAUCAGUUUGGGGUUAAUGAUGUGUGAAUUGACAGCAGGGGACAGGAGGUUGGUUGUUGCUGUGCUUCUGUCUCUCACUUUAAAGAGCUCAGUUUGUCUAUUUUGGGAUGAAAGGCUGCCAAGAAUCUAUUUUCACAGAAAAUGUCAGACUGAAACUACAAAGAUGACGCAAAGUGCAGCAUGAACCCAGAAGAUAUUCAGCAGAUUGUUGCAUGUUUCAUCACUGUAGAUCUGUGUGCAUUUAACAACAUUUGAAAACCUUACUCAUGCUUGAUAGCUUGAAAAAGGCAUGUUUGACCUUGCUGUUCAGGAAACUGCAUGUCAUGACACAACAUGGCGUGUUGUUUCAUACAGCACCCCUAAAAGAGAGAGAUGCACACAGACACUGAGACUCCAUUCAUGUUGCCUCUAGGUGGCAGCGUCAACCUGGAGUGAAGACUGGAAUCAAAACACGAAGCUCUGCAGUUUUAAGGAUUAUCAUUUGAAUGAAAGUGAUGCUUCCAAAAAUCAAGCUCCAUUUACUCUGAAAUCUUUCUGUACAGUUUGUGGCAGUCAAAGUAAAUGUGUCACACAGCAGAGGAUAGAGGUGCUGAACAGAUCCCUCCAUCUCUGACUCUUUCAAAGUCCUCCUCACACUUCAUGUUUGUAAUGUGUGCUGUCCGCGCACUCUUUAGUCAUGUUAUAAUUAAGCUUUGGUUAACCUUGAAAAUCAUGCGUCAGAUUCAUACUCCUUCUGGACUGAAACUGGUCAUCAACAGCUAACAAACCAUUGUCCACUGAACUCCUGCAUCCUGCAUACAAACAUGAAUCAACAUAAAUCUGGCCAUUCAAAAGAAAAUUAAAUAUAAAACAUGUUUACACAAAUUCUGAAUGUCCUCUGAAUUUUCAGAUGGACUAAGGUCACAGUAAUCCUACUGAAAGCCUUCAAUAACCAUCUGUCCUCUGAACCCUCCUGUUUGUGGUUUACUUAAUGCAAAACUGAAGCAUUUCAAGUAGAACCAAAACCACAAGAAAACCAAGAUGUCCAAGGGAAUAUUUUUCAAACCUACAGUUUCAGUGGAGAAAAUGCCUUCAGCUUUGCAAAACAUGCAUAUUUUAUGCAGAGAAACACCACAAACUUUGUUUUGUUUGUGCACCACAGCGAUGAAGUCAAAACCAGCUGUUGAGCUCAUGGCAGCAACCAUAAGAACACUGGUGUGUCUGUAUCGGGGAAGUAUUUAUUCACUUAACUGGACAAAAUCAAUGAAUCUCAUUUUUAACUAGAUUUGACGUGUUUUACUGUGCUUUUUCCAAAGCGUUCUUGCAGUUUUUAAAGCUUUUUUUUAUGAAAAUGCAGAAUGAGAUAAUGCCAUAGAGAUGAACCCCAAAAAUCAAUACCAGACAUUUUCCUUAUAAAUGAAAAAACACAAUCUAUGAGAUGGAAAGUACUGUUGCCUCACAUCAACAAGGUCUCUGGUUUAAACCCAACCCGGCUGGUGACCCUCUUUUAUGGAGAUUGCAUCUGGUUGAUAUUAACCUUGUGAUAGACUGAUGACCUGUCCACAGUGUACCUCACAUCUACUUAAAUGAGAUUGUAUGUAUGGAUGGUUGGAUGGAUGGAUGGAUGGAUGGAUGGAUGGAUGUAAGUAUGUAUGCGUCUAUGGAUGAAUGGAUGGAUGGCUGGAUGGUUGGAUGGUUAUAUGGUUGGAUGGAUGGAUGGAUGGAUGGAUGGAUGGAUGGAUGGAUGGAUGUAUGUAUGUAUGUAUGUAUGUAUGUAUGUAUGUAUGUAUGUAUGUAUGUAUGUAUGGAUGGAUGGAUGGAUGGUUGGAUGGAUGCAUGGAUGGAUGGAUGGAUGCAUGGAUGGAUGGAUGGAUGGAUGGAUAGAUAGAAGGAUGGAUGGAUGGAUGGUUGAAUGGAUGAAUGGAUGUAAGUAUGUAUGUGUGUAUGGAUGAAUGGAUGGAUGGCUGGAUGGUUAGAUGGUUGGAUGGAUGGAUCGAUGGUUGGAUGGAUGGAUGGAUGGAUGGUUGUAUGCAUGCAUGUAUGUAUGUAUCAAUGUAUGAAUGGAUAGAUGGAUGGAUGGAUGGAUGGAUAAAGAUGGACAUCAGAGAAGGCAAGCUCUCUUAGUGUCGAUCGAAUGACCUGUUAAAUAGUAGAAAAUCCUGCUCAAGUAAGUUUUUAAAGAUAUUUUCUCCUCAGUUUUGCUGCUAGGUUAAUUUCAUGCUCACUUUCUGUGGUAAAUGAAACAUUUCUAUCUUUAUUAGCUUUUUUUUAUAGAAUGGACACACUUUCUUAUAUGGAAAAUGCCUCUUUAAAGAGUUCUAUCUGGUUGUGAAACACUCUGAAGUUAAUACUAAUGUCAAUUAAUGAUCUAAAAGAGCAGAUAUUACUCUAAACAAGAAGAGUGACGUAGACUGUAUAACAUUUUUAUGAUGUUUAAAACAACUGGCUUGGUAGGUGUCAGACCAAGAUAUUGCUGCUGAUGAAGUCAGGUCUUGCAUAUCCAACUGCACUGUCACCCGAUGAGCGAUGCAUUUGAGGGUUAAAAAAAAGAAGGAUGAGGUUCUGUUUUGUCAAGAAACACUUAUUCCUCUUGCACAGAACAAAAUCAGAAACAACUGCUUUAUCCACAGCCAAACUGUCACAAACCAAAAGUUCCUCUCUGCAGCUUUGAAACAGUCGAGCUUUACACCCAAGCUCCGUUCGCGAGUCUGAAGGCAGAGUUGUAUAAAAUAUCUUCCAGUUCAAGAACAUCCCCAUUAUACAACCUGUUGUAUAAUCCAUCUUCAGAAGAAAGGUGGCGUUUACUGUAUCUUCUUUUUUCAUGACACCGCAGCUUUAUAAGCUGGCUUAUUUGCAGUAAAACAGAUAGAUGUGUGGCUUCUUUGGGUUACCUGUGAACAGAGACACCCCUCAGAGGAGUAGGUGGUGAUCAGAGUAAAUGCAGUCGCGAUACAAGCUGCCUGGUUGUUUGGACUGAAGGUGAAGGUGAAAGUUAAGCCUGUGUGGAUGAAGAUUGAGUCAUCAUGUAGAUUUGUCUGUGUUCACUUAAAUUGUGAAUUAGUUAGAAGUCUGGGAAACAGAUUAAAGUGAUUCCUGGAAAUCUUGUGGCUGUGUGGGUGCUCGAUGUGCCGUAAAAGGACAGGAAAUUAUCUUUUUUCCUUUUUCAAAUGUCACAGUAGGUGGUUACAUUAUCUGCCUCCCUUUAUGUCAGGAAAAUUCCCCAUCAAAACUUGCACUGAUUUUUUAUUUUUUUUCCUUUUCCAAAGAGUUGCUAGCUAAUCCCAUGUUACAAUCUGCUGUGCAAUCUGCUCCGGGAGGCAGGUUGCUUUAAAGCAAAACUCCUUCAGACACGUCUAUAGAGAAGAAAUUAACAAAGGUGAUGAAUGCAUUUGUGCAUUAUUUAAGAGGUGUUUUAGCACCUCUUCCUGCUGCGUUGUAGGGUGAAACUUUUUAAGAUUGACAGCCUCCUGUGAGGGUACGGCAGCAGAAUUCAAACUGUAAAUACAGCCUUGCAGGAACUAUUAUCAUUGGCCUCUAAAAUGACACAUCAGGUCCUUUUGAACAGGAUGUGAUGUGAUGCUUUGUGAUAUGAUAUGCCACGCUGUUGUCCCAUGUUAGGAUGUGAUCUGAUGUGACUUACAAAUGGAGUAUUUGCUUUGUGUUAUGAGCUGGUGAUGACUGUGAAGUGCAGUUUAGUUUCACAUUGCAACAUACUGUGGAUAGUAAUACAGACAAGGAGGAGCAACAUGACUGUAUCAAGCAUGAAAAAAAAACAUGGGUGUGGUGGAUUGGAUGAGGAGUCCUUGUCAUCUAAAGGAGAAAUAUACAGUGAAGUUAAAAGAGGAUGGAUGUGACAACAGACCUGUGAUAAAAGGGGAAAAAAUGGUAUAGACAAUGUGCUUUAAAUGUAAAAUCCUAGCAGUGUGUGUGUGUGUGUGUGUGUAAAAGCUCCAUACCAUGGUAUGACGAUGUGAUGAGAUGUGUGUACACUGGUGUGAUGAGAAAUGUAGAGAUCACACCAACAGAGAGAGAGAGAGAGAGAGAGAGAGAGAGAGAGAGAGAGAGAGCAUGUUGAAACCCCCACAUUGCAUUGCUUGUGUGUCCUGAACAUUUUUUGGAUCCUGUAGAGAAAAAAGAGGCGAAGAGAAAGAAAAAAACUCAAUAUGCAGAGAGAUGGAGGAGAGGCGGUUACCAGGGUUUGAACCGUCCGCUUCCUGCAGCUGAUUUUGGGGCCAGGAUGCCGGCAUUUUUUUCAAGUGGGUGCACCGUGAGAUUCAGAGGAAUAAGGGGAGAGCCGCGCAGCUGCUGCCGGUAUGUGUGAACCACUUGACGCGCUGAAUUCUCGCUGCUUUGCUCUUAAAUUUCCUGCUUUCCCUCUCUCAUCUUCUUCUUCUCUUGCAUCAAAUUGAUGCUGCGUGAGGCUGCUGGGCUACGAAAUGCAUCGACGGGGUUUGACUGUGUGAAUUCGCAUCAUCUCAAGUGUGUUUAUACCCCCCUUCGCCCAGGCAAUGAAGAAAUCGAGUCAUUCCUCCUGUUUUUGCGACACUGAAAAGAAAGAAAAUGGCUUUUUAUUUCGACGUUGGGUGCGAGGAUGCCUGUAGCUGUGAUUGUGUCAUUGCUGCGGCACACUCCGGAGCUCCUCGGCUCCAGGCAGACACCACCACCAACCUCCUCAGCUAAAGAGAAGACAGCGAGAUAUCAAGUGCUUUACCAGCCAACAUAAGCCAUACGAGCCCCGUGCAUGUAUGUGGGAGAGGGCCAGCAGUCUCCAGGGAGGAACCAUCUAUCUGUCAUUGCACUGGUGAGGUGUUUGGGGCUUCCCUAGAACUGCCACAUCCCCAAAAUUCCCCCUCUGAGGACUGCUGUGAGCAUUACAAGCUUCCUGAUGGUUUUUGGAGGGUAGCCCUGAUGCAUCUUGUGAGUGUGAAAACUCUACAAACCCUUUGCCAGGUUUGCAUCACCAGACAGGAGCCGGAGCAGACGGUAGCUCUGCGUGUGUCAUGUUAGAGAGUGGACUCAUGCCUGCUCCCUCCAACCAUCAGCCAAAAUCUUUGACCUGCCCUGUCUGAAACCUGUGUAUGAGCAGCACUGCUUGGUCACAGCAGCACCAACACUUGACAGACAAUCCUGCUUCAGUGGCUCCAAAAACUACAAGCCCCCCCACCCCAACCCACCCCACCCACCUUACAAAAUAAGAGACAGCGGAAAGCAGGGUCAGGAUGCAGGUGUCCUUUGCCUGUACUGAGCACAACCUCAAGAGUCGCAGUGAAGACCGGCUCUGUGGCCUUCGCACCGCUCCUCCUCCAGGGGGGAGCAGUGGGGGAGUAGGGGGAGGAGGUGGAGGUGGAGGAGGAGGAGGUGGUGGGAGUGGUGGAGGAGGUGGAGGCGGCGGAGGAGGAGGUGGCGGAGGAGGAGGGAGUGGAAGUGGACAGGGGAGUAAUGGCAACUACAUCUCCCAAGGCUCGGUCAAGACAAGGGAUGGGUCCGGGUCCCGGCAGGCCCCCCAGGGUCAUGCCCACAUGAAAGAGGCCAUUGGGAGGCACACCAGCAUGAAGUACAGGUGAGGCUGGAGGAGGAGCUGGAGCAGCGAGGGAAUGAGGGGUUGGCUUCAUUUCACAUUGAAAACUUCUGCAGUCUUACCUCCAGAUUAUCUCUCAGGUCUUGAUUAUCAUUGUGAGAACCAGAGGCUGACCUUUCACCUGAGAUGAGGCUGCAGGUGACGUGAUCAGCCAAUCACUUGCUAGGAUUUGUGUAAUUCUAUUUCUGAUUUUUGUUUUGAGUUUUAGAUGAGCUUGAAUGGUUACAAUCUUGUAGUGUGUAUUACAGCAGGGGUGUGUCCAGCAGAUGGCUUAGGGUGGCCUUGCCCCCCCCUCAUCACCUGAUUGCCCCACCUUGACAACUAGUUUCCAUUUAUGUGUGUGACUAGAGUCUGUAGAGCCAUAAACAAAGGGAUAUUACCACUAGUGACUAAUGCAAGGAGUCUUUUACUUUAUGGAUGAAUAGUAGCUUCACAAAAACAAGAUGUGUAGAAAUUAGAUAAGCUCUUUUAGAUCGUACAAACUACUUUUACAAUCUUCUUAAGCAAGUGGAAGAGGAAAUAUUUCGGUGGAUAUUUAGCAGCUUGUUUGCUAAGCUAGCAGAUUCGAGGGAGGAGUUUUUCAGGCACAUUGAUAUCGCAGACAUUCAUUAGAAUGAAUAAACUGCUGGUUGACUGGCCAACGUAACCAGAAACAAAGCAUUCAUUUUAGCAGUGGUGGGGUCUUUCCACUUUUUGAUACAAUAUCAGCCCCUGAUACCAUCUGAUUGCAUUAUAGGAUAUCAGGAAAGAGAGUAACGGCAAGCUAAUGCACCAUUUCAACAGUCCCUCCAAAACUCUAUCGUUUGGGGGUCAUUUUUUUAUUUGACAACAACUUAGAAAAGCUGUGUAGGGCUAAAACAGAGUAAAAUGUUAAAUGAGGCUUGUAAAAUCUCAGCUAUCAGUGUUUUCACACCAAUAUUAUUUAUAUUUUUAGGCAUAAAAAUGCAAAAACAGUAUAUGAGCAUCACGAGAUGCUACCUACCUAGUUUUGGACAGGGUUUUUCUUUAAAUCUACUUAUUGAGGUGCUUUAAUACAGGCUGCUCAUUACUUUUGAGGCACUUUCAUGCAGGCAGUUUUCUUUUUAUUAUAGUUCUGCAAGUGCAUGUCCCAUAAGCCGAGGUUAUGAUCUUCACAAGAGUGGACCAGGUUCGAUUACAGCCUGCAGCUCUUCUCCUGCAUGUCACUCCCCUCUCUCUUGUUUCCUGAUCUAUCCACCGACAUGUCCUCUCAGAUUAGAGACAAAGAGCCUGAAAAAUAUAUCUGGAGAGACUUUAGAUAAUCAACCAUGGAGGAUUUAUUUGUUGUCAUCCUGUUGUUUUCUUUUAAAUGAGAAAAGUACACGAACAGCAAUUGAAAACCAGCCUUAACGUUAAAGUAGGUAUGACUAUUGGAGACAGAAAUAGUGCUUAAGUGUUACCCAGACGUGUUCGUGCAUUGACAUAGACCAUGCCACCCCUGCAUGCCCCCCUACUCAAAACAGUCUAGACCCGCCCCUGCCCUGCAUACUGCCUACGUAUCCAUUAGCACAGAUGUAAAGCAGCUCGAUGAGUGCUCACACAGCAGCGAUUUUACUGACAUUAUAAAAUUCAUGACAUUUACUCUUAAAAACGCUUACACGGGCUGAUGUAAAACUGCUUAUAUAAUCCAUACCUAACAGCCAUAAUGUUAUCACAGAAUAACAGACCGUAUGCAUAUAGGAGUGUUGCCAAAGGCUUAUGUGUUUUAUGCAGAUUUCACCUUGGCCUUUUGCUCUUCACCGCAGAUUAAUAAAAAGCCUGUCUCCAGUAACAGCUUACCUAAAAUCACCCUGGGACACCCAGGCUUUUUUCUUGCAGGCUUUAAAAGCAUUUCAUGUUGAUAAUAUAGUGCUGCAGCAGAGUGUCCCAUACACAGAAACCAUCGUUCCACGCCAAGUCUGAGUCAUAAUGUGGGGAAUAUAAACACAGAGGGGAUAAAGAGCAAGAAAAGAAAGUCAUUUAUGCUUUAUUGUUAAGAUUUCAGUUCACCUUGAUGGAUUAGAGCUACAGCCUGCCUGGUGAGGAGGGUUGCUCCUGCAGCUUCCACUCACUGAGGACAGCUUGCAGCAGUGGAAAAUAAUGCACAGUUAUAUAAAUGUGAAAGCAAAAGCACGACACCAUCCAGAAUCUGUAGGACCAUAGCAUACCCCCUGUUUCCUUCAUUAGGACUGCAAAAUUCAAUAACUAUGGGAAGAGUUUAAUGACCUGUUUUCCUGGUAAUCAGGUUGAUUGAAUUGCAGCCAUUCUCCUCAGACAAUUUAGUUUUCAUUUAAUAGGAUGUUUAAAAAGGGACUAGGCCACAGGAUGAAACCUGGAUUCUGCCUUUACUUUUUUUUUCUCCCUCUAGAAUCAAACCCAGACUUGUGAUUGGCUCAAAUUACACUGGUUUGUCUGCUGUCUCUGGAAAAGUGCAGCUGAUAGGGAGUGUAGUCACACAAUAAGUCUAUACAGCAUAUGGCUAGCUCCAGUUGCCAGGGGCAACACCCCAGGCAUUGCCUUUGGUUUUUGUCAGUCUUAUUCCUAAUCAGCAGCACUGCUGUCGCUUAUCAGUCCUUUCGGCAACUGAGUCCACUCAAACCAGCACCAUCACCACCAUCACCAUUAUCACCAUACCACCCGGCCACAGAGCCUGUCAAUGGCCGCUCUGUGGUUGCACGUUCUCCAUUUACACUGCUGACACAUACAGCCUGUCAGGAAAAAGAAACAGGACAUAAAACAUAUCUGCAUGCUGAAUGACUGACUCUCAGGAUCCCUCCAGAGAGUAAACGCCAGAGAUCACUUCGAAUGACAUUAAUGGAGGCUGAAAGAAAAUUACAACAGGGCAGAAAUUUGGAGUAAAUUCGCUCUCAUGUGAAUUCCAAUAUCCAGAUGGCACCUAUCACUAACACUGUAUUUCCUCUGUUUGAGUGCAUGUUUUCUAAUUCCUCCUGGUAUCUAAUUAAACUGUGGAUCCAUCAUGUAGCAGCAGGUCACGGGUGAAUACACCUGCUGCAAUUAUUACUCCCAUGAGCCCCCUGCUGACAUUCUCCUGCCCAAACAUCCUCCCAGAUAAAUACUUAUCACCUUCUCCCCAGUCUUUGCUCAGAGUCUCUUCGCUUCUGUCUAAAUUUAUUUAAAGGAACAUAGUUAACAGUUUCACAGAGCAGUUACACAUGCUCUGACAUUUUAAUAUGUGUGUGUGUGUGUGUGUUUGUAGUCUUUAAGAGAAGAAAGCUGACCAGUAUGUGACCUCUUUCAAACACCAAUGAAAAGGCUUUUGUCUGUAUUUACAGCUGUAUGUCUGUUGUGACAAAACACUGAAUGAGAAUUAAUGACACUGUUUGUAGGAUUAGGGUUUUUUGUGGAGUAAUGCCAUUACUAUAAAUAUGAAAUGGUUUCAGUAACUGUCUAGAAAAAAAUAGAGGAGCAUACAGCAUUCCAGUAAUUAAAGAUUUUUAGGCGUAUCAGUCAACCACAAAAUCUCUGUUUCGUUUUCUAAUCUCACAAUUUGUAUUGAUUUAACCAUCUGGUUAUUUGAAACUUUGUGAAUGUAGAAACAAAAGAGUUUUUUUUUUAGCAGACCUGCGAAGAGGUGAGCCUAAAAAGUCACUCAGGCAAAGUCUGUAACUCAGCAAAUUGGCCGUUCCCAUAGUAACCAGGUCUUCUCUUUUCUUACCAACAGCCACCUAGUAAGCAGGUCAGGUGUAUUUCCAGCACAGAUCUAUCAGCCACUAUUGGACAUUUCUAGAUUCUUAUAAUCUUAUGGCCGUAAGUGGUUUUGGGUCAAAUACGGUCAGCAGGAUGAAACUAAUCAAUACAAAGAGCUGAGCUGAGCAAUAUUUAAGUUUUAAACUCUGUAACAGCUUCCUAGUUGGGUGGAGGUCAGGGGUGACAGCACAUACUUGCUAAUUUCCAAAUAUAUUUCUGGUGAUACAAAAAUUGGCUUUUUUGCAGGGAGUCACAUGAGAGUGUUGUACGCUGAUAACUGCUGCCAUAUUUGUAUGCUCUCUUCAAGUUCAUCAAGAGUUUAAAGCUAGCUUAGCUUAGCAUACUUAAGGUCCUUACACAACGGGGCUGACGCGAAUAUAGAACGCGAAAUUACGAAAAAUUCAGAGGCGAAUUUUGACGCGCCUGACUAUACACAUCAAGCCUGAUGCAAUUUUGCGAUUUUCCGGGGGGAAAAAGAUGCAUCCCGGGUGGAAGCGUGAAGACUGACACAACAGCAGACUGACUGUUUUCAGUUCUGAUUAUACACUAGUGUUGAGAUGGCUGUCUGUCAUGAUAGCAUGUACUGAGUCGGGGCCAGUACCAGAUAAGCACAUUAAACUAUAAUCCAUAAACAUAAGGUAACAACAGAGACCUAAUAGUGCUGUGACAGCAACACAAUUGAGUUUGAAACAGUAAAAAUACAUAUGGUAUGUUGUAUCUGAACAGGUUAGCUUACGAGCCAAAGUUACUUAGCACAGAUGAAAGUUAAAACAAAGACGUUUAGCAAACUGUUGAAGCACAUAAACCAUCGUCAUAUAAGAAAUCAGACGCUAUGACUCUCCACAAAUUGUCCUUCACGUCGUUGUCUUUGUAAUAUUUGUGUCUUUUAUCAAAAAGCACUCUGUUCUCCGACACGUAAACGAUUAGCCGGUCGGCCAUGUUGGAUAUACCGGUGAAUCAGAUGUCACAACAACACGAAAUGCGAAACUUUAGAAAAAUCGACCAUGAUCCUAAAAAAUAAAUGCUGCAAUAUUGCAGGACGAGAAAACGUCGCUGAUGUGAACACUUGUAUUGACAGGAUAUGGGUUCGAAAAAAAAUGUUGACGUCCAAAUCGCACGCAAAAAACGGUCCCGGUGUGUACCGAACAUGACCAAGAAAUUGUCCAGCAUUCAACCUGCUUAAACCACGUUGUGUGUUUUUAAAGGACUAUACAAAUAAGGUACAAAGGCAGUUUUUAUUACUGAUAGAACCAGCCUCAGUGUUUUCCUUUAAGUCAACAGGCUGUUCUUGGUUUCUUCAUUUCUAAUGGACAGACAUGAGAGAGGUAUUCAACAUCCUCUUACAGCUCUGUGGCCUCGGGUACAGCGGGUCUCUUUCAUUCUUGCUUUAAAGGAAACAAACUUAAAAUUCCUGCAACUGAGAUAAACUUGCAACACAAACAAACCAAAGUCUGUUAAUACUGGACACUGAUUCUUUUUAGCUAAAUUAUCUUUAAGUUCUUUUUAGUUUAUUUACGUUUUGUGAUCCUAUAUCACAGUCUCUUCCCUGCAGUAAGCUAAAUCCCAUGGUCCAAAUCAGAGUAUGGAACUUUUUGAGUCUUGUUUGCUACAGAAAGACCUGGAAAAAGAGUUCAACAUGGGUAUAGAGCAAUUAUCUCAACAAACUACCAUUUUCCGGGCUAUGUAUGACCUCUUAUCACAGCCAAUAUUUAAGACUCAAAAGCCAAUGUUAUCUGAACUGGACAGAACCAAAGCUAGUUGACCUUACUGGUCUUACAGCUGCCCAAUCAUCAGCUAGCUAAAAAAGAUUUGCAACUGUUAGUAAGUCUGACACCUCAGUAAAUUUUUUUAUUCAAAUGGGCUUUUUCAAUAGGAACAGACCAAUAAGAGGAGAUAAACAUGAGGAAUCUAGCAUAAGGAUGCUAGGCCAGGUGGCUAAUUUACACAUUAUGAAAGAAGGACACAAUGUUUGGAAUGACUUGAUUGAGUUGUAAAUACUUAAAAAUGCUUUCAAGUAUACUUUAAGCCCCUCCUAGAAACUUGUCGUUGUCUUUUAGCUGAGCAGAUAUUUUCCUGUGAAUGACCAAGUUGUGUUUUUUUAACAUUAAUUUUCAAAUUUCUGUUUUAGCUGUUAAUUGUAAAAACUCACUGUGGGAAAAGACUGUUUCUUUGGCAUUGUGUGAAUCGUCCUGUCUGACCCCUACGCCCUUGAAAUAGUUACAGGAUUUAAAACAGGAAUACUAUUUCUUAAUGCUGGUAGUCUGGUUUGUUUUUGAGGAUUAAAAAGUGGCAUUGAUUUAAGCAGCAAAAAAAAUCCUUACAGGAGCUUUAACGUGAUUGAGUCAUAGUGGUUUCCAUAGCGACGGCCAUCUUGGUAAAUUUUUAACCACAACAACAACACUUAAAUUCAUCCCCAUUAUACUGUUUGUUGUGGUUGGCUGGACCAGCAUCAGCACGGAUGAAAAUCUGUAUGAACUGGAGGGGGACCAGAGGCAUCUGCCAAAUCAAAUUAAACCUGAAGUGCUGAUUCAUCUGGUUCUCAGGCUAUGACACAAAAACUAAAAAAAAAGUUACAUCUGAGCAACAUAAAUGUGUAAAAAUAGACAGUUAGACUAAGUCGGAGAUAGAAGUGACCAGCAGGAGUCGAUUCAACAGAAAGCUUAAUGCGGUGUUAGUAAUAACAGUUAAUAUUAAUUCUCAUGUCAAGCUGGAGCACAAGGCUUUCAUGUAUUUGCAUUUGUAUGAGGGUUUGAAGUGUCCUGACAUUCAGCUGCGCAGAGAUGUGCCGUCCUCAAAUAGAGCGCACUUGAACAGGGAGAUUUCAAAGACUGAACUCUCGACAGAUGAUGGAGUAAUGAUCAAGUUAUUUGUACCCGUGAACCUUGACAAGAUGUAGAUAAUGUUCAUAUGGGUUAUUUAUUGAUGUGAGGCAGUGGCUAAGACCCAGACUAAAUACCCUCAUAGUUACAGUUAGUUUUUUGUCUGACAACUUUACAGCCUUCAUUUUUUAAUUUGAUCCCCCUCAGUUCAAAUAAUGUUCUUUUAGAGUUACUUCUAAUUAGCUGUGGAAAAAUGAGCAACCACGCUAUUCCCACAUUUACAAAACCCUAUGGACAGCAUGUGUAUUUAAUUCAUAAUGAAUUCCAAACAGUGAUAAAAUAUGGACUUCACAGAGUGGACUCAUCAUGAAUAAUAAUUAUGUGAUAAUUGAGUAACUUGGACUCAUAUAGUUAUCCAGAUUUAUAAUUAGAAACAAAUGGUUUGUGAAGCAGUGAGGAGGAGGAGGAGGAGGAGGAGGAACAACCUUGACUCUCGGCUCUUCUCUCUCCGGGUUUUCAAGUUUCCGGAUGACUGAACAAAUCAGUGACAUCACUUUGAGGUACGGCAACAAGUUUAAAGCGGAGUCACGCUGCAUUUUAGCUUGCUUGAUUUCAGUCUGCCUCCAAGCAACAAUAUAUCUAAUCUAUGUUCUGCCGUUUGCUAAUAAACUGCAAAACCUCGACUUCUUGUUUCAUAUCCCGCUCACUAUUAUAUGAACUGGUCGUAGUGAUAAUACAUCAUUGAGUAGCACAAUCCUCCAAAAAUGUAUGCACCUGCAUGUAGAAGACCGUUAAAUAGAUCUUCAGACUCGUACACUGAGCAGACCACUUCAUCUUCCCUGAAUGUGAAGAGACUGUAGGGUCAGUGUUAUUUAAUCAGUCUUACAUUAGUCAAUAUGUGUCUGUGGAUGGAAUCAGCGGCCGCUUUAAUGAGCGGGCUUGUCCUGGACCCUGAGCAUCAUAAUCAAGGCCAGACGAUCCACGUCACGUCCUCUGAACGGGCCGUCUAGUCAAAGUCAAAGUCAAAGUCUGAUAUUCUCUUCAGGCAGACACACAGUCAUCACUUCAUGGCCUUACGUAAGAGCAGAGACACAGACUAAUGAGAGAGAGAGAGUCAGCAUGUGGUCCUGGAGAAAGUUUGAGAAAAUACAGGGCAUCUGAUCGUAAUUGUAGAUCUCUCAUUUUCAUAAAUAUGUGAAAUCUGUACAUUUGGAAUUCAAGAUUGUUUUGGUUGUUAAAAUGCAGUUCUUGAAAUGCAAGUAGGUAGUAUCAACCAGCCUUUGAUUACUUCAGUUUUUACUACAACUUUAGCGAAUAUAUUGCAAUGACAAAGUGCCUUUAAAAAGGUCUAAAUUCUCCUUUAUAGCUCGAUUGAAACAUUAUAAAAUCUUCUGAGCUGUUAAUGACGCAGACCAGGACACUGACAUAUUACAUUUCUCUUCAUUCCAAUCUGAACACAGAUAAAACAGAUCUGCAGGCAGCGGCACUGCGGUGACCUUUUCAAACACUUUAGCUUCCUCUGGACAUAAGAUGAGAUACUUUUCUGUUGUUUCAUUCUCAAGUCACUUUUUACUCCCAGUUUAUCUUCAGUGCGUAAUCAUUAAAUGCUCACAAAUAUCCACAUAUCCAGUCACAAGAGCUGCAAUUUUUAUGUAAGCUGGUGUAAUCUUCCAGCCGCUGGAAGAUGCCGCUUCUCUGUAUGCACUUUGAGUUAAUGGGAGAGUCACAACGGCUAAUAAAGUGUUUACAGUGGAUAUGCAACAUUAGACCAGAUCAACACAGAGCUUGUGUCUCUCUCUGAGAAUAAGAGAGUCUGUCUUUGUGGAGUUUUCCUUUGUUUCUCCCACUCAUAGUCUAUGUAUUUUAUAAUUAGAACAGACCUACUUUUCUAACCAUUUGAAAAUCAUCACAUUACUGGAAAAGUCUUUGCUUUAGCCUAAUUUAUUAAUAAUAGCAGAAGUAAGAAUUAGAGCACUGUGACAUUUCCUUUGGCUUGAGUGAUCAUUUUAAUUAUUUUAUGGUAGAAAGUUUUGCUUUGUAUUCAUUGUGGUAUGUUUGGUAUUCUCUGCUCAAGGAGCUGGCCUUUUCAAAAGAAGCUUUACUCAGGCACUCAUUCCCGUACAACAGACUGAAAUUACCAACAAUGCCUCUUCAUGACCUUCAAAAUAAAACAAGACAAUCAGCAGAAAGAUUGACAUUUUCUCUAUUGUUACUUUUAAAGCUGCCGCAAGGGGUAUUAGAUAAGACGAUUCAUGGCAUGGUGGGGAGAAAGUUAACGUUUACACAGUGGAUUGAUUGUAUAAAACCACCACAAAGAGAGAGUUCCUCUUAUGAGCUUUAAGCAGUGUUGCCAACCUAAUGACUUUGUUGCUAGAUUUGGCGACUUUCAGUCCUCCCCCCGGUGACUUAUUUUAAAAAACGCGUCUAGUGACAAAUCCAGCGACUUUUUCUGGAGUUUGAAAGCAGGUAUCAAUGUUACUCUUCUCAACAGGUAGCAAAAACAUGCAUACAGACACCCCGACGAAGACUCCUCCUCGGUAGGCUAGGGGGCGAGUUGACAAACAAUUUUGCAAAUUAGGCGAUGGCGUCAUCUAGUGAUUUUUAGGGACUUCUACGACAGCCACUAGUGACUUUCCUUGCUGAGGAGUUGGCAACAUUGACUUUAAGCAUUAUAACAGAGAUCACAUGCUGCAUUCGCGUUACCUCGGAAGUCAGAAGUCCGAGCUGGCAAUGACGUCACACCUGAGUUACCAGCGUUUCAGUUACCGAGUCGGAAGAAAGCAGAAUCGGAGCUGGAAACAAGAUGGCUACAUCUUCGAAAGUUAUUUUAGCGCUUCCCUUGUCCUUGCUUGUAUUCGGACAAGGCAAGUACUUCAGUAACUUUCGUAGAUGUGGCCAUCUUGUUCCUGCCUCCGAUUUUGCUUUUUUCCGACUUGGUAACUGAAACGCUGGUAACUCAAUUGUGACAUCAUUCCCAUCUUGGACAUCUGACUUCCAAGGAAACUUGAACGCAGCAACAGUAUGGCGCUGCAAUGUCACGAGAUCACUUUCAAAUCAUUUUUGAGAAAAUUCAUAUAUUUUUAAAUAAAGCCUCAAAACAUGGUAAUUUCUUCAGUGGAACUACUAAAGAAAUAUUCUGUUAAAAAAAGAAAGGCUGUAACAAUGUCUAUAGAUUAUCCAAAAAAGGACAUCAUGUAUAACAAAGAGCGUUGUUACCAACUGACAUGCUGUCCAUGUUUGGAUCACCAGAAAUAAAGAUUAAACCAUUGCCCAGGAGUAAAUGCAACAACUUCUACAUUAGCUGAGAAACUGUAAUAUGAGUGAUCCCUCUCAGACAUGAGAGUGUACACAGCGUUAUUAAAAAAGAACAGACAGUCAACCAUCUUCCCACAGUCUGUGCUCAGGAGCUGCCCGUAUAAGCGUGCACACACACACACUCACACACUCACACAGGCACACAGACACUGAUGUGAGCGUUAUUAAUAUAGGUGUGCCUCUCUCUUGAGAACAGCCUGCUCAGCAUGUGUGUGGCAUUUUAUGACAACUGCAGGAAGAAAAAAAAAUCUUCAUCAUUUGCACUUCACCAUCUGUACAGAGUGUCUCCCUCCUGUCUCCGGUGAGAACUAACUGUAGAUGUCAGCACAGGUUAAAAUGCUGACUACACCAUGACAGAGCACCUGUGUUGCCCCCUCUCUCUCGCUCUCCUCCGUUAAUAACACCUGGAGCAGCCAGGUCGCUGUAAUCACCUUGUUUGGAGUUUGUGAUUUAUGUGUAGGAGAAAAUAGAGAAGAAAACACAGAGAGGCCUAUUUAUGAAAGAUCUACAGAGAGAGAGCAUCUGUGUUUCUGUGUGCUUCUGUGUGCCUGGCUCAUGAGUGCAUUCAUGCAUGAGUGUAUGCAGAUCUGUGCCUGUGUCGGAGUGAAAUUCACAUCAAGCGUGAACAUUCACGUGAUAGCAUAGAGGGGCCCUUGCUGAUGCUUGCACAGCUUAGACUGUUGGUUUUCUUACAUCAUCUCUGAAAUCAGCGUAAAGAAAUACAGGCUGAGUGGAUGCUUACAUGCAUGUGUGAGUGCAAGUGUUGUGAGAGUUGUGUGUGUGUGAGUGUGUUUGUGUGUAGGAGAUACUGUCGUGAAAGCAAUAGUGAGAGGAAAAGAGCGAGCAUGUGUCUCUCCAGACUCACUGAUAGUAAUUUAGCAGACUGCAGCACUGCAGAGAGCGCUGGAGUUGAGAGCAGGGAGGGGGCGGCCAGUUGUCACACACACAAACAAUACAAUCCUUCUUUGGCUGGAUAUCCACACACACACGCACACACAAAACAAAUUGUUUUUAUGUUGCACAUCAAUCAAUACUUUCAACCACUGAUGCUCGCUGGUCUCUCAUUUGCUCCUGUAAUGACAUGCUGAUACUCACGUUAACUAAACAUGUCAGUCUGUCAGCCUUCUGCUCUUAUAUUUCAUCUUUAAAAGCACAUUAUACACUCGCACACAGAAGCUACAGAAAGAGUGUGAAUUUGUGUUGUGUAUGCUGCUGGAUGCUUGACAUUCUCCUCCUAGUGACUCAUGUUUAGAUGUCACGCAUUACCUCUUUAUUUUUCUUCACGGUCCAGUUUCAAAGGGGAGUGUGUGUCCUCUUGUGUGGCUGAAGUGGCAAAUGUUGCCGGAUUGAGGAUUUAUCAAAGUCAUUAAUUCACAUUUAAAGCAAACUAGUGCAAGAUAGCUUUAGGCUCUAUGAUUAUCUGUUGUUACAGAGUGAUAAAACAACAUAAAAUUAAAUUAAUUCAACUAAAAAAACUCCCCUGAACGAUCUGAUAAUAAUAUUGUAUCAACCAAAAUAUUGUGCAUGAUAGAAAUUCACAUUUCAGGUGCAAGAAUGUCAACCUCUGAGUUGACAGUCUUGUUUUUUGGUGUCGUCUAAAUGAACUGCUUUGAUUAGCGGAGAAUAUGUUCAUGGAGGCUGCUAUUGGUCCAACCUUGUCAAACGUUGCUAGGGAAAAAAAUAUUAGUUUCAGCUCACUCUGAGUGAAGUUGAGGCAACAAAAGCAUGAUAUGACAGCUGUCACAAAUGAAAUCCAAAGGAGCAAAACAAAUGUAAAUAAAAAGGCUGAGAGAAAAAAACCGUCUCUGAAGAGUAUUCUCUCUCAAGUGCAUCAUUCCCAUUUACUCCCAGAGUUCAAAGCGAUUGUAAAAGCAGGCCGAGCUGUGAUUGGUCGACAAACGCUGAACAACAUUUAGCCAGAUAACCAUACAAGGAAUCAGCAACAUCAAACCCCAGACUCUCUCUGUGUGUGUAGCAUUCCUGACCCUCCACCUGUGUGCUAUUUUGACGGAGUUAAAAGAAAUGACACAAACAAUAUGCGCCUCACUCCCACAUGCGGCGCACACAUGAACACACGCACAAAACGCUCAUACACAGUGGGACACAAACGCUUACAUAUGCAGGAAUCUAAAAAUAGCUCAGGUCAGGCAUUAAAAAUAGACUGGGGAAAAUAAAAGCAGGACUCGUUGGACUGAGUCGAAAUGCUCUGACAGUCUGUCUCUCUGCAUUUGGCUAUUUGUGGCGGACGCAGGCAGACAGGCAGGCAGAGAGAGAGGGAGAGGAGAGGAGAGGAGAUGAAAAGACAGUGAGCGAGUUGCACUGCAGCUCCCCUACUCCUCUCCAGCUGGCUCCCCAGCUAAUUAGAAUGGAGGGAGGGGGGCACACAUAGUGGAGGAGGAGGAGGAGUGCAAGAAUGAAACCCACGUUAUUUUCAGCCAUACAUGCUCCCGUGGUCAGAAACGCAGCCCCCUGUCUUUCCCAGCUCGCCUGUCAAACAUUCAGCUGGGUGGAUAAUCAGAUGUUGCAUGUUGGGUAAUGGACUCCUCUUAAGCUUAUGGACCAUUUUGGCUGUUUUAGCACACAGACCAAAAAGGUCUCUGUUUGAGCUGAGCUUUGUUCCCUCCAGCUGUUUCACUGACCCACUGUAACACACUGAACUGUUAACAUAGGAAGGAGAAAAGGUUGAUUGGUCAGAAAUAAUUAGCGCAGGCAGUCGUUUAACCAGAGGCGAGUAAGACAUUCAUGCAGCAGCAGUUGUAGAGGAAGUAUUUACAUCGUGGAGUAAUAUGGGGGCGAGUUACUUUCACAUUUAGUGAUUUUUAUCAUGUGUUAUAUCUCAGUUUUAUGUUCAGCAUUUUAUUGCUGUUACAUCUACCCUUUAUAACACUUCAUUUGUUUUUGUGUGCAUAUUAAUGGUCCAUUUCAGAAUCCAGAUUUUUCCUUUGGUAUCCAGUAUUGUUUAGUUUCAGUGGGAUGCUGCACAAAAACAUCACCAAACAGGUCAAAGAAGCAGAACAAUUAAGUUAAAGUUAGGGCCAUAGACUGUAUAGAGAAUAGACGCCAUCUGCCUCCUCGCCCGGUGAAGCCACUCAGAGAACAGCACCCUCUGGUGACGGGCUGCAGUAUAGGUCAUAAAUCCCGCGUCCUCCACCAAAGCUUAUUGAGCUGUGGACAAACUUUAGAAAUGUAUUACACAGGACAUACAUUUUUCUCCCCCCUGCUUGCGAUGUGGACAUGUAGUUACAGUAAGGCUGGUUUGCACUCAAGUCCUCUUUUUUUCUGUACAGCUCUGUUAUUAAAAGUUAUUAGGGGGUUCAUGUUUUCUAUGAUUGACAUUUGAUACAGCCUAUGGGCGUACGAAGAUUGCGUAGCUCACCCGGGGUAUACUUUGUUUGAGCCGAGCGUCAUCAGAGCGACUCUCGGCGACUCUUCCGCCGAAUGCAUACAAUGUGACCGCACAAUGUUGGUUUCAGGAAAUGAAGAAAAAUCACAGAAAUACCGAGAGCUUUUCAGCUUCAAAUCCGUAUUCUAGUGGAAGGUGGAACAAAGUUUACCAUAGUAUAUACAGUCUAUGUUUGAGGCUGCGAAUGCUUACUUCUGUAAUUCUGACAAAUGGCUGAAUUUGAAUGGACACUUACAAUUAAUCACAUUUUUAACUUGUUUAAAAUCUCAUUAUUCUUCAAAUCUGUUCUAACAAUGUGAAGCAAUAACUGGAAGUCUCCCACAUGUUGACUGGCCUGUAGUCAACAGCCACCCAUCUAUCAAGUGCCAUAGUUCAGUUUUUUAAAUUUAUUUUUCUUGGUGAUUCAGACACAGUUUUGUGAUGUGGCUGCCCGCUGCCCUCAGUCUGACCAGCUGCUCCUGUGAGCUUACACUGUUGGAGGUGACCUAAACUCAAAGUACUCUUUACAAGGUGCAUUUGACUUGUCAACCAAGCUGUCAGGGCGAUUUUCAAAGUAAAGUGGGCCAUUGAAAAGCACAGUGGUGUCAUUAUUUUCCACUACCGUGGCAGCAGGAAGAUUCUCCUGCAGCUGAACGACGGUGUGCCUCAAGGAACCACGAAAUAAAAACAAUCACACCUUAAUUUCAGACGCUAAUCAUGUUAUGAUAAAUGAGUUAAUGUUGACAGCCCUAGUUGAAAUACUUGAUGGUGAAAUGGUACUGAAGCAUUUUCAAAAGCUAAUAAGAGAAAGGUGUUAAAGCAGGUGUAGUAAACGGUAACUACUUCAUUAGACAGUGGAUAUUCACUGACCAGCCAUAACAUUAGGAACACUUGGGAAAUCUACUCAAUCCAAUACAACAGCUCUACCAUUAAUUCAACGUUAAGGAAGCUCCAGGUUUUUGUUGAUGUGAUCAGACAGGUGAUUAUUCUGCUUUUAUUUAUUACUGAAGAUGCAGUGGGUGGUGGUGGUGGUGGUGCACUGGAGUGUGUUACAAUCAAAGGUGUUUCAUAUAUUUUGCCUACUCCAUUAAAAAACAUGAGAGGAACAAAAUAGUAGAAACACCUAUAAUUUAAUGGACUCCAGCGCACCAACAACACCUGCUACAGCUUCAACAAUCGGUAUAAAAAAACAAUCAUCACCUGGCUGACUAUUUUAAAAAUGUGGGAUAAACAAUAAUGGACACACAUAUAAAACAACAAUGUAUUUUGCUUUACAGUCUGCAGACUUCUCUCAAACAAAGCCUAUCUCUUUGUUGUAGAAAGCAUCCAUAAGAAGAAAGAACUCAAAUGUCCUCCCUUGUUGUUCUUUUCUGUGUCAGGUUUGUCUUCUACACUGAAUUUACUGGAAGGCUGCACUGACGCAGCUAUCACAACCCUGCUACAAAGCUAAGAGUUAUGGUUGGCUGUGGAAAUGCAACCAAAAUUAAUGUUUACAGCACAAAACCAUACAAAACGGUACUGAAUCAAACCAGACUUUAUCUAGUACCCAGCUUUAAUACAUGUGAGGUGGUGUUAAGAGACGAGUGUCUGCAUCUUAAAGCUCCUGUGAGGAGUUUUGACAUUGAAGAAGUGGACGGAAAUUCUUUAUUUAUUCCUUUCAUGGUACCCAAAAGCAAAUAAGACUAUCAGUGACAAGACUGAUCAUUUGUAUACCUUAGUUUUUUAUGAUUGAAAACAGGGCAAGGGGGGUAGGUGUCAGAUGAGAAGCUGAAGAAACAGUCAUCUCUAAAGUCAGCAGAAUUUGAUUGAUUUUGUCGAAAGACAAAACUUGAGUAUGUAAUGGACAAAAGAGAUAAGACUGCUCUGUGCGCAGGGGAGCCAAAAUUUACACAAAGGGAAAGCUUAAAUAUAGUGGUGUAAAAGGAUAAAUGACUGAAGCACAGGCAACAAAGUCUCCUGAUUUUGUAGGAUUUUAUUCCUUUGCCGGUUCCACUCACACUUUAACAUACUCUAUACUGUUCUCGUAUCUUAAAUAUCCCCUUAUCAUACUGCUUGAGUCCAUUAUUUAUACUGAUAAUGAUUAUACUGCUCUGUCCUCUCUCUCAUCCCCACAGGAACCUGGGGAAAUCGGGCCUUCGUGUUUCCUGCCUUGGGCUAGGUGAGUUGGUUUGAGGACAGGAAAUAUUAAUCACUGUUUGAGCCUGUCAAAAUAAAACAAACCUCUCUGUCUCUACACCCAUUCAGGCACCUGGGUGACAUUUGGAUCACAGAUCACCGAUGAGGUAAGUCUAUUUUUUGUUCAGUUUGUAGGAUUAUUCUUUUUUUUAGUUGAAAACACUGCACUGUGAGCAGAAAUCUCUCUGCUUUGAAUUAUAUAUAUGUUUGAAAACCCCAGAGUUUAUACUUGGAAACUAUACUCUCUGUAUUAUCCCUCAGUAUAAUGCCCUUCAAGGCUGACCUCCAGGUAAUUGGAAGUUAUCCACUGCCUGCCUCUCUCAGUCCUCCUUUGUCUUCCCACAGAUGGCAGAGAACCUGAUGGCCAUCGCAUAUGAGAACGGAGUGAAUCUGUUUGACACGGCAGAGGUGUACGCUUCUGGGAGGUCAGAUUCAAAUUUUGACUUCUGUUUAACUUGUUGAAGGUUUUUCCAUCUGUACCUAAAGAUUUGCAUCAAAUCUUCUGAUACAGUCUCACAAACCCUGUGUGAUUUAAUGUUGCUUUUCAGAGACCUGGAGUUAGCAUAAACCUGUGACAAUAAAUAUAUGUGUUUCUCCACAGAGCUGAGCUCACUCUGGGAAACAUUAUCAAGAAAAAAGGAUGGAGGUAAUAUUAAGCAUUUCCUCAAACAGACUCAGGUGCAAUUAAAAAGCUUUGUUGCUCCUUUAAAUCUUUAAAUAAUCUUGAAAGUUUGAUAAAUGCUAAUAACUCCUUGCUUUUCUUCUGUUAUUGUUACUGUUGGAAAAGGCACACUAUUGCAUAUCUCAGGGGAAAUCCAUACUUUUUAGAUAAAUGGGGAGGCUUUAGCCUCAGAAAGACUAUAAAAGGAUAAAAAUGAUACCAUAUGAAAAUAAAGUCCCAGUUCAGAAAACAUUGGGGAAAUCACUGAGAUAUUUUUGAUCUGGAGAAAAAUAAAGGGAUAAUUUAUGAUUAAAAUAAUACAAGAUUGGUCCUAGGGCUGUUUAAAUGUGCCACAACUUGCAAGCAGGAAGAAAAAUCUGCUGUUUGGAUCACGUUUACCUUAAAACCUCAGCAAAUGAAAAGAAUUACUCAUACUUAACAGUUCUACUAAGUGCAUUAUCUUGUGUCCUUGCCAGGCGUUCAAGUUUUGUCAUCACAACAAAGAUCUACUGGGGAGGACAGUAAGUACAACUCUCAAAGACUUUUAUUUAGCAUUUAUCAUUUGAAUGGAACAUAAAAUGUGUAUUUUCACCGCUUUACAGAGCAGAAACGGAGCGAGGACUCUCCAGAAAGCACAUCAUUGAAGGUAGUUUUAUCUCUUUUUCUGUGUGCAGUUAAGUACCUCUGAUUCAUUUAUAAACCCUCAUUACUUGAUAAGAGGAUUCAAGGUUAUUUCAAGACCAAGACACUUAAGUUUAUUUUAUCAGUACAUGUAAUCCUACAGCUCAAAAUAAUCAGACAGUGAAAUGUUCGGGGAAAUUCUUCCCCCAACUUGUACGAUAAGACAGCCUCGUCUGGAGUCCUUCUGGUAAAAACUCACAGCCUACAGAACAGUACACCAUCAGCGCAGAGCUUUUGGAUUACUUUUGGACAUGUGUUAAUAACUGACAUAUUGUCAAUGAAACUGAUACAAGAUAGUGACAUUGUUGGCACUAUUUGAUGCAUCACAAAGGCCAUUUUGUGAGUUUUAAUAAUCACUUACUCAUGCUAGUUUGAAGUAAACAUAUAUGUACCACCCUGAAUCCAUAAGAGUUGGGACAAUGUUGAUAAAAGCAGAAUUUGAAGGUUUGGAAGUGCAAAUACUCCAUUUUAAAGUAUUGUAACAGAAAAAUGUGUUUUCAAUGAGGAUGCGUAUGUCUGCUUUAGAUUUGAGACCAACAAAAUGUUUCAAACCAGCUGGGAUAGUGACAAAAAACACUAAAAAUGUGAAACACAAAAAAAAACACCCAGUGGGACAUCCCCUUAGUAAGAGCGUUACUCUGCUACAGGUAAGCAACUUGACUGGGUAUGAAAAAGGCGCUAGAGUUAAAACAGGUUUGUUACUCUGAGAGACCAAGUGAGGAAACAGUUUUGCAAUUUUAAAAUUACUUUUUUUUGCUUUGAUGAACUUUUUCUGUUGGUUAUGCAACUUCUUGUGCUUUCAGAGUCAGCCUCAAGUGGUCACUCAAGGAACUGCAGUUUUUAGUAUUGCCCCCCCCAGAGGUUAUAUUAACUUAAAUUUAAAACACACACUUUAUUUUUCAUAAAACUACAUUUUUCAGUUGUUCUCUGCACUAUCAUUCUGUUUUUAUCUACAUUUGACAGCGUUGUCUUCUAUGGAAUUGGGGCUGUAUGUGCGUUGGUUUUCUUGGGUUACAUAACUUUCACACACGUCAGCUUGUUAAAAGAAGUCAACAGUGACUACUUAAAUCUUCAAACCUCAACAGCUUUCAGAAAUCAACAGGAGUCCCUUUAAGGUUAUUUUUGACACUAAUGGCUGAUGACCCAGCCCCUUAAACAGACACUUAGUUGUGAUGAAUGUUUUGCCCUUUCUCUAAUUUGCAUUUAAUGCCCGCCAGCUAAUGUCAGCAUGUUCACACACUAAACAUGGUGAAUUAAACAGUGGACUACUGUUAGCAUGCUGACAUCAGCAGUUUUCUUAAAUACAGAUCUGUCGAUGUGUGUUAGUUAUUUUCUGGUGUUGUGUCACGAUACAAAAAGGACCUGUGAACGAUGAAAAUAACAGUCAUAAAUCCCUGAAACUUGUCUGCCAGGUUUGAGAGGAUCCCUAUCAAGACUGCAGCUAGAAUAUGUGGACAUUGUUUUUGCCAACAGAAAUGAUGUCAACAGUCCCAUGGAAGGUCAGUCGUGUUGAUUAAUUUUUCAUUCAUUUCUUAAAGGUGGGGUAGGCAGGAUCUGAGGAAGGGACAGUUUUUGGGGAGAAAUCUUGAAUGUAAACACUACCCCUCCCAACGAGUUUUCCCCUCAGCUCCUCCUCUCCCCUCCCUCUCUGUUCCAGCAAGCCCCGCCCACAAACAGACGCUCCUGCUCGCUCGCUCGCUCGUAUCGUUCUAAUUAAAUUCAGAUAUAAUGCUGAUAAAUACUUCAGAUAAUUACAAAUGUGGCCCAGUCAACGUGAAAGUAAACAGCAUUGGUGCUACCAUAGAUGCCAACAGACUACCAGCAAACACAAUGUUUGCAGGACUUCUAAAACUAGGAUAAAGUGACAUAGUCCAGGACCAGAGGUAAACAGUUUAGCAGCGCUACAACACGCAGCAGGUCCCAUUUGACAAGAAACCCCUCUGUUACACUUGGCUUACUUUGUUAAAGCGGUUUACUUCCCCAGCAGAAAGGUUACAGGGUCCGCAAGAUCCCAAAGCGUCCCCCAUCGUUUAUGUUGACCCGAAUUUUUUAGCUCUUGUCUGGUCUACCUCCUUUUUAAGUGCCCGUUAUUCCGCCAGAGUCUCCGGUAUUUACUUUGUGGCCAAAGCAGGAUUCAGACAAUUUUCUGUACUUUCUGGUUGGUUUCUACUGUCCUAUAUUGUAGCACACUAACUUUGUUUGGGCUCCUGAACGACACGGAGAGCAGCGUCUGCCUCACAACCAAUCAGGUUGGGGGAGGUGGAGAAUGGCUUUGUUUACAGUCAGAAAGAGCGGAGCGCUCUGAAUUUUUAAAAUGUUGACUACACAGACAUAAGGAAACACAGCGAUAUCGUUAUAUUACUUUUUUGUAUAUACACCACAAAAAAAGAUGCUUCUUUAAAGGAUUCCUGCCUACCCUACCUUUAAGGUCCUUAUGGAAAUAUCAUUGGGAAGUCAAAGUGCUUUAGCAGAUAUUUCCUUUUAAACCUAUUUUUCUUGUUUAAUUCUGUGUUAAAAAGCUGAUCAAUUCUAACAAAUAUGAUGUAUUGUGAUAUGCAGAGAUUGUGCGAGCCAUGACGUUCGUAAUAAACCAGGGUAUGGCCAUGUACUGGGGAACUUCACGCUGGAGUGCCAUGGAAAUCAUGGUGACUGCUGAUCUCACGUUCAGAAAAUAUCACUGUUACUAAUGCAGUGAUGCCAGCUUAUGGCUUCAAAUGCUGUUCUGUAACUAUGUGUUUCUUUGUUCGGCAUCAGGAGGCGUACUCAGUGGCACGCCAGUUCAACCUGAUCCCACCUGUGUGUGAGCAGGCAGAGUAUCACUAUUUCCAGAGGGAUAAAGUGGAGGUGCAGCUUCCCGAGCUCUACCACAAGAUCGGUCAGACAUCUUCGGUCUCAGAGCUCUAAUUAGCUCCAGAUUUUUAAUUGAGGAUCCAUUUGGUUUCAUUCAACUGUCUCCUUUUAUUAUACUCCUUCAGGCGUAGGAGCAAUGACCUGGUCUCCUCUUGCCUGUGGAUUAAUCACAGGGAAGUACAGCGAUGGUGUACCAGAGUGCUCUAGAGCAGCAAUGAAGGUCAGUUUGAAUUUACAGGCCCUCCUCUGGGAUUUUUCUGCUGAAAAUCAGCCUCAGUGUAAUUCCCCCCCUGAUCAGUGGGGUACUGCAGUGUGAAAUCAGUCCUGUAUCAAUGCAUUUCUUCAUUCUCCUCCUGAUUAAGGGAUACCAAUGGUUGAAAGAGAGGGUGAACAGCGAGGAGGGCCGCAGGCAGCUGGCUAAAAUCAAGGAGCUCCAUCUACUGGCAGACAGACUUGGCUGCACUGCUGCACAGUUAGCCAUAGGUACAGUCCAGACUAAUGUCAUUAUCCAUGAACAUAUACUGAUUAUUCCUUGUGGAUGUAAUUGAUAUGUGAACAGAGGUCUAGAUAGUAGACUAACUCACAUUUGUAAUGUUUUUACUGUACUAUCAAAAUAUAGCACUUUCAAAGAGGGGGAAAGAAAUUAAGAGACUAUUCUUGAAUAGACUAUUCUAAACUUGAAAAAACUUGUUUUUAAUCUGAUAUUUUCCUGUUCAAAUGCUUAAGGCAUGAUAUUUAUUGUUAAAAAAAAGAAAAAGAAAAGAAAUAUAAAUUGCAUGUGUGAAAUUGACAGAAAGAUGGAAGGGGCCUAUUUUUUUUAUUUUAUUUUAUUUUAUGUUGUUGUGUUUUUUUUUAAUAACCAUAGGAGUGCCUUUGUUUAAACCAGUGGUUCUCAAUCCAGUCCUUGAGCCCCCCCUGUCCUGUAUGUUUUGGAUGUUUCCCUGCUCCAACACACCUGAUUCAAAUCAUCAGCUCGUUACCAAGCUCUGUACUGGCUUAAUAACGAGCUAAUCAUUUGAAUCAGGUGUGUUGUAAAUCAUUUGAAUCAGGUGUGUUGGAGCAGGGAAGCAUCCAAAACAUGCAGGACAGGGGGGCCUCGAGGACUGGAUUGAGAACCACUGGUUUAACCCCUCUGUUGAAUUUUUGGGCACCUCCAAAAAGGGAAUUAUAAUCAUACUUUUAAAAAAACAUCUGAGCUCCUUUGACUCUUUUUUUUCUCUGCAAAACUAUUGAUGUAUGAAGCCUCUCUGAUUUAAUUUAGAUGCUCUAGUUAGAGCAGCUUUAACUGAGCAAUUUCAUACAUACUUGAUGUUUUACACACAUUUUUCUUCACCUCUUCUUUCUUGCUCAGAUUGUUCAACUUGCAUUCCUUUACAUCGUAUAUGAGGCACAUUGAUUAGUGGUGAUAGUUGACAAUUGCAUGUGAUGUGAUUCCUCAAAAAAUGUCUUUGGUUAUCAUUUGUAUGUAGUCUGAGUCUGUGUUUGACUAUUUUUCCUCUCUUUUCUUGCAGCCUGGUGUCUGCGCAGUGAGGGAGUCAGCUCAGUACUUCUGGGGGUUUCCAAUACAGAUCAGCUCCUUGAGAACCUGGGCGCCCUCCGGGUAGAUUACUUUCCUCUUAUAUAGCUAAUUUCCCAUGAUAUACUGUAGCUCUCUGACAAUGAAUAGAGACAUCAUUUAACGCGCACCACUAAUAAUACAUCACAUCUUAACCGAUUACCCUUCUCACUGUUUUCUCACAGAUUUUAUCUCAAAUGACCCCUCAAACUGUUACUGAGAUUGAUGCCCUGCUGGGAAAUAAACCACACUCCAAGAAAGAACUGCGCGCCUAAAGAUGCAAAUCUGAGUGACAGAUGAUGUUUCGAGAUGACGAGGAAGACAAUGACAUUGGGAAACAUCGCUUUUUGCUCUGCUGUAUACUCAACAACUUGCAUGUCCUCAGCAACAUUAUGCUUCCAGUAUGUGCGCAGAUCCAUUUUGCGCAGUACAUUGUAUCAUGUAUGAAAAAAAAAACAACAAUCUCUCAAUUGUGUGAAGAAAAAAAAAAUAGGUCAUAUAUCGCUCACUGCCGAUAGUUCACAGACUAAUUAUUUCUGCAGAGGUGGUUAGAGCGACAGGAAUCUGACCAUGAGAGACUGACAGAUAUUCUGUUUUAACACAGAUUUGACUUGAAUUAAUCCAAUAUUACUGCGUGAAAAAAAAAGAAACCCCACCUCAAAAUACAACUUUACUGUGUGAACGGUGCUUUUGUAGGACAUGUGAGUCUUCUCCCCUCGCCGCUGCCUGUUAUUCUGUAUGAUGUUUAGUACCCAGCAGCCAGAGAGCCAAAGGUUAGCACUCAUGUGUCUAGCCUAACAUUUCCCAUAGUGUGCAUGUGACUGGUCUGCCACGCUCACUGCUUUACAGGGUUGGGAACAAUGAAUUACUUGUGGAGUUGUAAAAGUGUUCUGACUUAAUCUGAAAAAGAAGAAAAGAUCACAUGCUUUUGAAGAACACACACAUAUUUUUACAAGAGCUGAAAUAAUGGUUGUUUCAGCAAAUAAAAAUAUAAUCUACUUGAGGAAGAAUAGUUCAUAUUGCGUAAGUAAGUGAAAGAAUUGGCUUUUCACUGAGAGUGUGCUGUUUCAUCGUAUAUUGGCAAUCAGUAGCGGGUAAGAUUUCGAGAGUAACUUUCCCAACCCUGCUGCUUUCUCAGCAGUCUUUUCGCCUCCUUUGUUUGUAAACUGUGCGCAUGUCCCUUUAAGAGAGAAAAGCCCGAACAGGGUGUAAAUGUGGCAUGGCUUUUAUGGCUUAUGUAGAUUUGCAGUGCCCUUGUAAGCCAUUUUUUUUACUCUGGCAGUUUAAUUCAGGACCCGUGCUGGUGGGCACCUUUGCUUUAAAGACUCUGCAAGUCUGAAGACACGGCUGUGUGUCCGUCUGACGUACUAUAAUCUUUGUAUUGUCCUAACUAAACUGUAACAAAAGAUGUUCGUAGAAUGAUCUUCAAAGAUGUCGAUCUCAUGAAGAGCAUCAAUGUUCCUAAAUCAGAAGCUUGAGGCACUGGGACUGUGUGGAAAAGACACUGAGCAUCUGACACAAAGAUUUGGACACUGUGGUGAACUAGUAGUUUUAAAUGAUAGGACAUCAACAAUUUAGUCUGAGUUUAUCUAAUGUGAUAUUACUCUUGCCACAGGUCACUUGGGGUAAGAUUUAGCAAAUGUAACAUUUUUUUUGUGGAAGCCUAAAAAUACAGCUUCUCUGCUCAUUUCUCUGGGACUUUCUCUCUCUGUAUCAUUUCUUCUUGUGGUUCUUGCACACAUGCACAUCUGGUUUUAUACGGUGCAUUUUAUGUCUUUUCCCUUUAGUUUUGUAUUGAUUUUAAUACUUUGUAAUGUUAAGGAGAGGAUUUGUUGCCCUGUGGUUUCCCAUAAAAAUAGCACUGAUCUCUAGAGAGGGGCGUAUUUUGAUACAUGAAGUAAAUAUGCUUGAAAAGAGUUACAUAUUAUGAAUUAUGGAUGAAAUCUUUAUGCAGCAGCUGAGAUGUUGCUCCACUAUGUGACUCUGUGAUAAUGCAGUUUGACUGAGUGUAGCUUCUGGUGUACAGAGAAAUUCAAUCAAACCUGGAAAGUGUAACUCUGCCUGCUUAACUUAUAUUUUACUGUCUUGCCACAAAAAAAAAAAGAAACCAAGAGCAAAAGAGACUCCAAACACUGAAUGUAUCAUGUCUGUGGCUCAAACUUAAGGUAUUUAACUUAAAGGAACAGAGCAGAUAACAUGGUUUAAAGGUGGUUUCUUCUUGUGUACAUUAAGAGCCGUCAUGCAAACAUUUCCAUACAGGUUCAGACUAAAAGUUAGCUUAAGAAUUUCAUACGCAAAUACUAGUCUGAGUCAGAAAAAGGUCUGUAUUCACUGUCCAAACAUAACCUGAACAUAACCUUAACAUAUAGGCUUACUUUGGAAGGUAUCAUGAAGGCUAGAGUUUACUCAUUUCCCAUAUAAGCUAACCUUUUAUGAUGUGUUAGCUUAUAUUCCCUGUUAAGGUUUAAAGGUCAAAAUUAAAGAUUAAAAUAAAGUAUUUUUCCAUGUAUAUCCACAGAGAUACCAUUAUAUAAGCUGCAUAUAAACAACAACAACUGUUACAUGUAAUGGUUGACCAAUGUCAGUUUUCAAAUACUAAUGAUCAGUAGGCGAGUUAAUGAAUUUCUAGAACUGCUCUGCAUGGACAGUAAAAAUUAGCAACUUUAUGUCUACAUCUGGAAUUAGUUAUAUUACAAACUCCGACUUAAAACUUUUUUUUAAACGUCUUGAGCAAAUGUUUCAUCAAAACUCAAACUAAAAUCAUAUACAGGAGUUUACACUUACCAGUCACACUCACAGCACAGGUACGUUACACAGUCCUGUGACAUUUAGCCAAUUAGAUUUGGUGGGUGGGACAUGAGGUGAGACAGACAGUGAAAACAGACCUUGAGGAAAAAAGUCACUAACUGUGGGGCCAAAGCAGCACACUUUUUUACAAAUCUAUUUGUCAACCAUCUAUUUCAUAAAGCUCUAUUGAUAUAGAUAAUCGGCCAAAUGCAAAUUACUGACCCUAAAAAUCAUGCAAAGCUGAUAAUGGGUCCCUCAUCACAUGGCUAAUUUUCAAGGCAACCUCCAGUCUCAUGAGAUGAAGCCUGCCUAGAAGUGCUAAUGACUACAGUUCUCUGAGUGCCCGCUUAAGGCUGGCUUCAAAAACCACAAACACACCCAUUAAAAACAUAAUAAAGCAAAAAUAUGUUGAUUGAAAGUUACGUUUGGCAACUCCGACAUGGCAGCUGCCUUUGAAAGGCUACAAAACUGCUACAGAAAGCAUUAAGUGACAACACUGAAUGACACUGACGUCCAUGUUUUAUACAUCUAUGCUGGUAACUCAUAAUGUCUUGGGCUCUAAUCUCCUGCGUUCUUUCAUAUCAUUGUGCUCCAAUGAUGGUUUAAGGGUUUUUAUGUAGAUUACACCAAACAACAUGCUGGUCACGCUCACUUUAUGACGUACUUGCUAACACCGUCAAAUAACUGUAACUCCAGAAGUUCACAACUUAAGAGUUUUAAUUUAAUAUUUUAAGUGGAUUUAAAGCAAAACAGCAGGAGCACGUCAAGCUAUGAGCCUUGUAGUGGUGGAGCAGUCCCUGAAAAACCAGCUGUGAAGCAUAUAAACCAGGAGAUAACACCCACACUGCAACGCAUACUUUAAAAGCUUAUCAAACGCUGAAUCCACCUUGAACUCUGAACACAUUCGGCUGCUCCAUUUCAGCACACACAGAGGCUUUUAAUGUGCACUUGUAUCACUGCAGCAAUAACAGACUUGCCUUCUGGUGUCUUGGACUUAAAAGGUUUUCUUGCAAUUAUAUAAAAUGGCUGUAGAAGGUGCAGAGCAGAAAGAUAGUGUAAUGAUAUGUCUGUAGUCUACACGGGUAAAUUGAGACUUGCCCUUUUUCCAACCAUAUUAUGCACAUCACAGCUUGAUGAUCUGCUGAUUUUAUAUAUUACUCUGGCAGAGCAGCUUUUGAAAUGUCACAUUAAGAACUACUUAUAAUUUUGUAGACUUGGAUCAAGCAUCUUUUUUUUUCUGAGAUAAAUUCUUGCAAAAGAAAAAUAGUUAACAGAACUUAACUUUUUACUUUUCCUGCAAAUUGUUAAUAAUGGCAUUGAUGACAAACAGCCUUGUUUUGCAGGUGCACCUGACAAAGAUAUAUGGAGGCAGAGGCAGUUAAUGUUUGAAAAAUGGCAUUAGUUAAAAUGUAAACAAAAUCAUGAUUGCAUACUUCAAUAAGAAGCAUAAAAAAUUGCUUAGGUUGCAUUUAAACACUUAAUAUGAAGGUGUAAUUUAAGAUUGGAAAGAAUUGACUUGAUUGUGGAUUUUCUGUAUACAAGCAUUAAAGUCAUACAACCACACACCCAUAAGAGAAGAAAGAACUAAACCUAAUGGACCUUGUUUUUGUCUUCCCAAAUGUCUCACACUGGAGGCACCAAGGUUACUCAAAUGGAUGGUACAAGAACAGUGAUGUGGUCCAGCAUUGUGUGUGUGUGCUGUUAAAGGAGCAGAGCCUCCUGGGACACCACACACACUUAGCACAAGCAGAAAACAUCUGUGACGCCCACACUGUUAGCAGUUCUGCCCAAAUGUCAUCAGAGUGAUAGCUGGAACAUAUGUGUGUUUCACAGCAAAACACCCUGCAAUAAAAAUGAUCAUAUGUGCUAGAAA